AUGGUAUUCGCACGUCGUUCUCUCCGCAGCGUCGCUACGGCCGCCCGGUCAUUCCGUGCUGCUCCUGUUAGCCGUCGUUCGGGACAGGUACUUGGACGUCGGUUUUACGCCAGUGGGAAGGGCUAUGAGGAGCAUGCCUCCAGCGAUUUGCCCUGGCUGGUCGCCUCCUUGGGUGUCACGGUUCCCAUGAUUUACUUCCUGCUUCCUGGUGGUUCUGAAAAGGACUCACAUGGUCACGGCCACGGUCACGGUCAAGAUGAUCACGAAGAUGAGCACAAGGGCGAGGAUGCGGAGAAGGAAUCUGCCCCUGAUGCUGAAUCGGAGGAGGCUGGUAAACCUACGGAGACCCAGGAUGCUCCCGCUGAAUCUGAAGACAAGCCGGCCGACGAAUCCAAGCAAUCUGACGAGUCCAAGCCUGCCCCCGCUCCAGCCGAAAAGGAGGACGAGAAGGAGGAAUCAGAGCAAAAGAGCCAAGAAUCUUCCGAGGAGCAGAAAGAUGAUACCCAGCAGUCAAAGGAGCAGACAUCGGAGUCUGGAAAUGACGAGGCGAACGCCAAGGAGACCAGCGCUCAGCAAGACAAGUCUGAAAACGACACAAAGCCCGCCGAUGAGUCUGACAAGAACGAGAAGAAAGGCGAAUCCGAGCCAGCUAAGCCUGAAUCGCAGGAGUAA